UGAAGAGGAAACAGAGCCCUCAGAACAACAUAGUUUUCCAGCGUACCCCAAUAUCCAAGGGCUCAGGGAAGCUGUGCAAGAAGGUCUCGCUGUUCCUGUGAUCACUGAUAUUUGAGAGCCACAGAUCUCCCAUGGCUCCUUAUCACAUCCGCCAGUACCAGGAGAGGGACCACAAAAGGGCCCUGGAAUUGUUCUCCAGGGGCAUGAACGAGCAUGCCCCUGCUUAUUUCAGACAUGCUUUGACACUGCCCCGGACUCUCCUGACCUUACUUGGGAUGCUCCUGACCAUAGUCCUGGUUUAUGGCUCCUGGCUCCUGGCCACAGUGUGCUGCCUCUUUGUACUCCUUUGCCUGUGGCUCUUUGUCUGGCAUUCUUGCACAAAGUAUGUGUCUACAUGUUUGCAAGCAGACAUGGCUGACAUCACUAAGUCAUACCUGAAUGCACGUGGCUCCUUCUGGGUGGCUGAGUCUGGGGACCAGGUAGUGGGCAUCGUGGGCUGUCUGCCAGUCAAGAAUCCCCCAUUAGGAAGGAAGCAGCUGCAGCUCGUUCGCCUGUCUGUGUCCUCACAGCAUCGUGGACAGGGGAUAGCCAAAGCACUGGUCAGAACUGUCCUCCAGUUUGCACGGGACCAGGGCUACAGUGAUGUUGUCCUUCAGACCAGCAUUGUGCAGUAUAGUGCUUUGGCUCUCUACCAGGCCAUGGGCUUCCGGAAGACAGAUGAGUACUUUGCUAGAACAUUCUCAAGGUUAAUGUCUUUUUCUAUCCUCUGUUUCACCUAUUCUCUCCCUUUUGAUUGGGAACCACAGAUGUGAUCCUUCUCCUUUGUCUGUGAGGCUCCAGUUCACUGUGCUGCAGGAACCAGCAAACCCUGGUAGUUUACAGCUGCCAAUCACACGAGCUCGUUUUUCAUUCCUCUCAGAUCCAGUCUUGCUGGAGGUGAGUUGUAG